UUUUAGUAUCACAGAUAUGAAUAUGAGAAAUGGGGUGAGCUAAUCUAUUGCUGGCUGAAGGACAGUGAGGCAUCAGAGCGCUGGUGAGCAAGAUGACUCACAUCUGGAGAGAAGAAAGAGAAAAGGAGGUGGGAGAGGAGAAAAGUGAGAUUGUUGGUGAGGGUGAGUCUCAGUCCUCAGAGGUUUUACAACAUGGACCAUGAACACCAGGACUGAGGUUGACCAUAAACAACGCCACCCUCGUUCUCUUGUGUUGCUGGAAGCAAACAUGAAAUAUGGCUCUUCUGAGAAAAAUUAACCAAGUCUUGCUGGUGCUGCUGGUGCUGAUGGUGUGUCUCCUCCUGCACAGUAUACUGCUCAGAGUCUCCACUCGGCCCAAACUCUCAGAUCACCGGAAGAGCCUCGGAAGAGCAGCGCGAGUUCCUGCAGUGAGAGUGUCAGAGGCGGAUAAUGUCGUCCCCAUUAUCAUCUGUGCAUCGGAGGAGCGAAUGGGUGCGACCAUGGCAACCAUCAACAGCGUCUAUAGCAACACAGACGCCAGUGUGUUUUUCUAUAUAGUUACCCUUCGGGAUGCCGUGAAACUAACAAGGCAGUACAUAGAGAAGACUAAACUGAAAGGCAUCAAAUAUAAGAUUUUGGAAUUUAACCCCAUGGUUCUGAAAGGAAAGGUGAAGCCAGAUUCCUCUCGACCUGAGCUCUUACAUCCACUCAACUUCGUGCGCUUUUACAUACCUCUGCUCGAAAUCAACCAUAAGAGGGUGAUAUACUUAGAUGAUGAUGUCAUUGUGCAGGGCGACAUCAAGGAUCUGUUUAAUAUCAAACUGAAGCCGGGUCAUGCUGCUGCUUUCGCCACUGACUGCGACCUGCCCUCCACACAUGAGAUGGUCCGCAGCAUCGGCAUGCAGACAACCUACAUGGGCUUCCUGGACUUUAGGAAACAGGAAGUUAAAGAUCUGGGCAUCCACCCCAGAGACUGCUCUUUCAACCCUGGAGUGUUUGUGGCCGAUAUGAGCGAAUGGAAGACACAGAAGAUCACCAAACAGCUGGAGAAAUGGAUGGAGGAGAACUUCAGACAGAACAUUUACAGCAGUGCCAUGGCGGGAGGCGUUGCGACUCCACCCAUGCUAAUAGUGUUUCAUGACAAAUACACAACACUGGACCCACUGUGGCACGUAAGACACCUGGGCUGGAGUCCAGAUGCCCGGUAUUUAGAGAGCUUCCUACAAGAGGCGCACCUGCUGCACUGGAACGGCCCAUUUAAACCGUGGAAUUACCCUGCUGUUCAUUUGGAUCUUUGGGAGAAGUGGUUUAUCCCAGACCCUUCCGGAAGGUUCUCCUUGGUACGCCCAGAGAGUGACAGCUGAUGUCUGUAGAACAUACCAUGUCUGAGCCACAGGGGGACCCGAAGCAUGUGAAGUUCAGGACUUACUUGAACAUUGGUGGAAGGUGUAAUAGGACAAUGUACAGUGAAUUUAGGACUGGAGAAUGUUCUUGAAAAUUAACAGUGCUGCUCAAACACUAAAACAGUGGUGGAGUGAGUGAGUGCUCUAUAUAUUCAAACAUAAAAUGUGACUAAUCUGUCUACAAUGACAGAUACCUGUAAAGAGAAUAUUACCUGUUGGAAUGUCUCCAAAGUCAAGACAAGCUGUGUGUCUUUGUGAAUUGUGUUAAGCAUAAGGAACUUUGCUUUUGUGCCAGUCUGAAAUAAAGUUUCAGAACUCCAAUUUUCA